AUGGCCUCACACAAUCCAGCUACACGCACCAACACUGCAUCAACCUCUGGCUAUGGCUCCGACGACGAUGCUGUACCAGGAGGUGAUCCCGGCACCUCGCUCGGUCUCCUUCAAGAACGUCUUUCGGCGUACAAGCAUAUGUGUGCCUACCUGGAGGACUACGUCAAGGCCGUUGCGAAAGAUCAGAAGUCACAGAGCAAAGACAGCGAGAAAAUACUCAAGACCCUCAACCAUCCUCUGAAGGAGGGUCACCACUUCAACCAAGAGCUCGGCGGUAUCGCAGGCCUAUUCGAGAACCUCAGAGCCAACACUCAAGCCCAAAGUCAGCUCUAUGCCGAGACCGAACAGAAUCUCGAGAAGAGUGUUCUACCCAUCUUCGAGAGGCUACACAAGGAGGUCAAAGCUAAGAACAAGGAACUCUCUUCUGGAGCCGGAAAGCAAAGCAAGGCUGUCGAGCACGCUCGCAAUGCCUCUCAGAAACACAUCGAGCUGCUUGGUCAAUAUACUGCCACUUUUGAUUCGGCGGGAGGAAGGACAACCGCAGCCAAUGAUCCAUAUGUCCUUCAGAGAGGUGCCUGGUACCGUUUGAACAAGCAGCUUGCUGAGGAAAACAACCAUCGCUCCGAUCUUAUCAACAUCCAGAACAACUUUCAGGCGUUCGAGAACCAUAUCAUUGCGACCGUCCAAAGUGGUAUGACCACCUUCAACCAAUACAUGGCUAGUUCGCUUGAUCGUUCCAAGGCCAUGUAUGGUGAUAUCGCACACACGGUAUCGAACAUCGACCAGAAUGUGGAGUGGAAUGGCUUCCUCAAGAGAAAUGGUCACAUUAUGAUCUCGCCCAAUGCUCCACCACGAUCUAUCGACUCAAUGUCUUUCCCCAACAUGAACCACCGCGCAACUAAGGCACUUAUCGAGGGUAGUCUUGAGCGAAAAGGAAAGCUCUCCGGCUACAAGGUUGGCUAUUAUGCUGUCACUCCAGCUGGAUACCUGCAUGAAUACAAAGACAAUGACAACUUCAGAGCUGAUCCGGAGCCAGAGCACUCCCUGUAUCUUCCUGACUGUGUCAUCGGCGCCGUCGACGGUCAAAAAUUUGCUCUCAAGGGCAAGGACUCCUCUGGCAACAAGCUCGUCCAGAAAAUGAGCAUGAGCACCGAAUACCAUUACAAGGCACAUACUCCACAAGACGCUCAGCAGUGGUAUAACGUUAUCCAAUCAGUCUGUUCAGGCACCACCAAUAGUCUGCCGAGUUCCCCAGUCAGCCAACAAAGCUCAGCCACAUAUCCACCCAUCGACACGGCCGGUCACCAGCAAAGUGGCAUCACGUCAACUAUGAGUCCUCAGCACGGCCAACCAGGUAUGGCGGGUCACGAUAUGGCACAUCAGCCUGGCUCAGCCACUACCACGUCUCCAACAUACAACACAGGCGAAGCCCAGCACUCACUGGCACCUCAGGGUCAAGGUCAGGCAUUGCCUGAUCGUACAGCCGGUGGUUUACAGGCUCCACAGAACCAGGGAAAUCUUGCGAGGACGCCUUCUGGUUCAUACCAUGUUGCGCCCAUGACCAAUGAGUUGGAGCCGAGGAAGUACUAG